UUAAGUACGGUAUUGUUUUUCUUCUGACGUUUAUUUGCGAUAUUGCCUAUCACUCUUUUUUAGGGUCAAGAAUAUCUAUUAUUAUUCACUCAAGUAUUCUAAUAGAAGCUAAAAUAUAUAUUUUAGUAAUAUUUGAAGAACUAGAGCGAAAUGCUUUCAUAUGGGAAGUUCGCAAAUUUAAAUAUUUUUACUCUCGAAGGGAUUACAAUAAUAAAAUCGGAACGAAUUAACGCACUCAGAAAACAAUAUGACGCUUUUCUUGAAGAAGAUAAGAAAAGAAGGGAGCGUAAUGAAUUCAUACUGGACAGAUUGGAUAAAAUACGAUAUUGCACUGCUACAGUUCCCUAUCGCAAGUCGAACGUUUCCAAUCUUCGCUCACAAAUUCAAUUUUCAAGAAACCAAGAUAUUCAGGCAAGAUCAACAAACGAAAUACUAGCGUAUUUAAAUUCUUUUAGUGGUAUUGACGAUACAACGAUUCAAGAAAUAUGUAAAAAGUUUGUAUUGAUUCCUAAAGUUCCUUCAAGUGUACCGAAGAUGAAUUUCAUUGAAAACAGAUAUAAGGAUUCAGAGCCAAACGAUAAUGUUGAUUGGAAACGAAAAUACGAAAUCUUAAAUCAAUUGAAAAAUAUCGAGAAGGGCUUAGGUUUGGAAAAUUCUGUUCCGAAAAAUGAAUUGCAAAAAAAUAGUGGAAGCUUAAAUACAAAAAUCGAAAUGGUCAAUACUGAAACAGAGUUUAGACAGGAUCUUCCCGAAAAAGAUGUAUCUGACGUUACAUUUCAUAAAACUGUAACCAAUAAGAAUUAUCAUAACGAGCUUUCUUUAGAAGAAAAUCAGAGUGAACCAAAUUUGCUUAUGCCAGAAACAUCAAACUUUUCACAAGACAAUGAAUAUAAUGAAAUCAAUGUAACACCAUCCACGCCCUUAGACAAUACGGAACCCAUUAUUGCUGGAAAUUCAAAUAUGAUCCAAAAUCUGAAUACAGAAAAUAAUGAUUCGCAAAUUUUUAAUCCAUGUCAAGAUUUGCAUAGUGAAAUUGAUCAAAAAACAUUAACCCCAUUGUUGGAUAAUACAGAUCACAGCAAAACACAUUCACCGCAAUUCCAAGAAACUGUUGAUGAUAGCAAUUUAAAUGAAGGUGAAUAUUGUUCUACAACCAAUUUAGGUAGUAAUGAAGUACAGUUGGAAAAAACUGAAAUCCUCAGUAAUACUGUAGAUGGUCCAAAUGAAACUGUGAUUUCUCCUUUAUUAGUAGAUGAUCCUGAAAACAGAGAUACUACGAGUCCCGAAACAGUUCAAGUAAAUGAAACCGAUGAUUCAAUUCAUCAUAGAAAUAAAGAACACGAAUCACAUAAACAUAAUGAACAAUUUGAGCAGCAAGCAGAUUCAGAUGUUUCGGGUAUUGAGGCCUUUAACGCAGAGCAAAACGAAAUGUUUUAUACAGAACAAACAGAUGAGAAUUAUGUUUAUGAUCAAGCAGUGGAGGGUGCACAAUACAACCAAGGAUAUGAACAAAAGCCAGAUUAUGAACAGAAUGAACAGUACGCAUAUUAUGAAGGCGAUCAGCAGCAAGCUUACCCGCCUGAAAUAAAUGAACACGAAGAAACGAUGGAGCGCUACGACCAAAAUUAUGAAGAACAGUAUGCUGCAUAUGAACAAGGCGAUUACAAUCAACAACAAGAAUACGAGCAACCAGUGGAACAAUACCAGCAACCAGUGGAACAAUACGAGCAACCAGUGGAACAAUACCAGCAGCCAGUGGAACAAUACCAGCAACCAGUGGAACAAUACCAGCAACCAGUGGAACAAUACCAGCAACCAGUGGAACAAUACCAGCAACCUGAAGAACAGGUACAGGCCUUCCAACAAGAACCUCAACUGGUAACAGAAUUUGAACAGCAGUCUUACGAAAACCACGAUGAUGCAAUUCACGAACUGGUUGAACAGAAAAUGAACAAUGAAGAAGGGUUUCUUGAGAAAAGAAACAUUGAAAAUAUUACAACAACUAAACCAGCAGUUGAAGAAAAGCUUGCUGAUGUUUCAACUACUUAACAUAUUCUGUAAUUUUAUAUGCAGUAACUAGAUAAAAAGAAGUUAGAAUUAUAGUUCCGAGACACGUACCAUAACGUAAAUCGAUUAUAACUCUCAGCUUAAAUUUAUGAUACGACAUUAUACAACACACUUAUGUUACACACAGUUGUACCCAGGAGGGUUGAGGAAAAUAAUCUUAGAAUUUUGUUGGUAAUGUACUUUAUUUAUCUCCAAGUGCCGCAAGACUGCAAGGUGAUGGGCAGCAACUAGAUGAGUGGCGGAAUCUAAACCUGCUUCAGGGUUAUAACACUAACGCACUUUUCAGUAGUAGUCUUGUUCACAUCGCUUGUUUCUUUUUAUAAUUACUUAGAAGGGUGGACAACCUUAUGGCUCACCCGAUGUAAGUGGUUAAUGAAGCUCAGACAUAAAAAACAUAAAUGCAGCUACCAUUGAUUUUGACUUUAUUAGUUUUGUAAGCCUCUAUUUUAAUCUGCCUCAUCAUUCAAGCCGAAAUGCAUUGCUGUUUCACAGUAGAAAUAGGCAGAUAGUGGUACUUACUCAUGUGGGCUGAAAACAUACCUUACCACCAUUUCUUGUAGUUAUUAUUCUAAAGAAGACAUUUCAAAUUGUAUUAUAAACUCUUUUCGUGUAAUAACAUAACUUCAAAAUCAACAUUCAUUAUAUUUUAAAUCUUUGCUUAUAUUACCUACGUAUGAAGGUCUAUAUUUUUCAGUCAACAAAAUAUCAAUUUUUUAUUUAUUACAUUUAGAUUCUUAAGAUAGCAAAAAUGUGUGCGGAAAUUAAAAUUUGUUUAUGCAAUUCA